AUGGGUAGAUAUAGUGUAAAAAGAUAUAAGACUAAAAGAAGAACCAGAGAUCUUGAUCUUAUCUACAAUGACUUAUCGUCGAAGGAUUCGAUUAUGAGGUUGAAAAAUCAACCUCUUGACGAGACUAAGGCUGGGUUGGGACAAUAUUAUUGUAUUGAAUGUGCCAAAUAUUUUGAAAACCAAGAGUCAUUGGACCGUCAUUCCAAGGGUAAGGUGCACAAGAGAAGGGCUAAGGAUUUGAAACAGAGACCAUACACCAAUUUGGAAUCGGAAGCUGCUUCGGGAGUGAACAUGCUCAAAUUCAUGGAAUCUGUAGAGAAAUACAAGGCAUUGGAGCAAUUCAAGGAGCAGAAUAAGCAGGAAUUCGACGAGUUGAAGGACCAGAAGAAAGACACCUUGGAUGCGAUUAUAACCGGGAUUCCAAGCGAAGAAGCUGGCAAGGACGACAAGCCAAUAGUACCCGAGGGCGAGGUCGAAAUGUCCGACAAUUGA